AUGUAUUACAGUACCAUGCUGUCCCUGCUCCUGCCAGGCCAUGUGCAUCUGAGGGCCCAGGUGGAGGAGGUUCUGGAUCUGAUCCAGCAGCAGGCAGAUCAUGGGGCCCUGGACCUGCAAAGACUGUCAGGCUACAUCAUCAAUACCAUGGCCUCCCUGUGUGCCCCUAUACGAGACCCAAAGAUCAGGACCCUACAGGACCUCUCGGACCCAGUGGAGCUCCUCAAGGUGAUCUUCCGAGUCCUUGGCCUGAUUAAGGCAGACAUGGUCAACUUUACUGUUCAGAGCCUCAGGCCUCAUCUUUUGCAGCAGGCUGUCCAGUACGAGCAAGCAAAGUUCCAGGAGAUCCUGUUGAAGCAGUCAGUCAGUCCUACAUUCGUUCUGAACAGGGCUUACCUGCGUCUGCUGAGCUGGGACCCCAACAACCAGACCUACCCUGAGACAGUUCUGAUGGACAGAGCCCGCUUGGAGGUACUGGAACAGAGACUGAGCCUACUGGUUCUACAGGCAUCAGUUCUGCUGUUGAACAGCACACAGUGUGGGGCCACUGUUUUUUCUUCGCAGGGGUUUGUAUGUAAACUCAAGCAGACCAUCACUGCCCUGCUGGAGGGCAGUCACAACAGGUAAGAGUUGGGGGGAUUUACUGGCUGUCUCUGGGCACAGGUAAUGUUUAACAGAACAUGGAAGUUGACAAGCGCUUAACUCCUGCUGUGUAAACAUAUGCAACAAACCCUCGAUUCUGCAGGCUCGAGAAAUAGCUCAUAGUUAACGUAACAAAAAAACGUAAACAAUUAUACAGUAAGGACAAUCGAUUGUGAGAGUUACGUAAAUCCUUAUCCUGCAGCCGUUCUGAAUGGAUGUUUGACACCAGUCUCUCUCGUGCGCUCAGUGACUUUGACCUGCAGGGGGCGUUGCUGGGGCUGGGGGAGCAGGUGCUUGUGCAGGUGAAGGAGGCUCUGAUCACACAGGGAGGACCAGCUCUGCCUCAGGACAGUGAAGACGGGCUCAAGCGACAGAUCUCAGACAAGGCAAAGGAUAACAACCCCAUCCGCACUCUCAUAGGAGAGAGAGUACAGGGCUACCUCCAGGCCAUGCUGGAGGGAAGCCCCACUAAAAGGAGUCCAUCAAUGUCCCCUGCUCUGAG